UGAGCGGAGAAUGACUACGAUUUAGGAACGUGGUCUUUGGAAGGAGGAUAAGGCCUCUAGGUGCCGCAGCGCUCACACUCCAGCUAAGCGUAGCACUCAGCCAGAAACGGACCGAUCGGAGGACAAUGGGAGCUGCGGGCGGUCCAAGCUAGUGGGUGGCGCGGGGCAUGCUGGGAGGCGUGGUUCCUGCGCCUGGAGGAUCCUGGGUGAUGUAGUCCCGGCGCCUGUGGGGUAGGGUGGGGGUCACUCCUCAGCUGGUGGCCGGAGCAGCCCCUUGUUCUUUGGUGGCGUUGGUGAGUGCCUCUCCCGCGGGGCUCUGUUCUGGACCGAGAGGAAGAUCCUGCAGGGCUGGUCUAAGGUCUAGCCUGGGCACUGGGCAGUAGUGCUGGAAUCUGGGAGCUGAGGGGACGCGCAGGCACGGGUGUGUUAUCUUGGGGGUGUGGGCACGCACCUCUGAGGGAGUGGUGUGAGCCUCAGCUGUGAACCCCAGUGUUAUGUGGGUGCAAGGCUUGGCCUUUCUGUGUUAGGAUUGUUGCGGGUGGGGACAGGUUCAGCGUUGGUUGAAAUCGCGGUAUUGUAAGAGGAGCUCGCUCAUGCUCUAAGUGCUCACGAAGGUGCGGCUUAAGUGAGGAGACUUUUAGGGGUGUGAUAUUUACUAGGUGUUGGGGUGGGACGGUCUAGGUCUAUGUGCCUCUGGAGUUUUUUUGUUGUUUUGGGGAGCUGGUGGUCUUUGGGUCCUACCACUCCUCAACUUUGCUGGAAUGUGGUCAGGGCCCCCUGACCCAGCCAAAUAAGUCCAGAUUUCACUGAGUGUCAGGUGGCUGUGUUGACCCAUUCUUAGGGUCUCAGUUCAGUGUUCCCCACUCCAAGUUAGGGCUUUGGAGAGGAGGGGGUCAAACUGGGACCCAUUCCUCAAGUUUUUUUUAAAGCAUCCAAAGACUUAGUGACUGCAAGCACUUUUAAAUUGCAUUUUACUGUUUUGUUAAGGAGACAUUUCAAACAGCCGGAAAGAUAUAAAACUCCAAAGACCUGUCACCCAGACCCAACACUUGCCAUCUUGUGGCUAACCAGGAUUCAUCUCAAAGUGAACACACUAAGAAUCCUUACAACCCUACAGACUCUGGUCUUCACAGCCGUGAUUUCACAAGCUGUCACUUCACAGUUUUGUCACCUUGGCAAGGGCCUGAUCUCAUCGAGUCUCCAGUCUCAUGUGUAAAAUGAUAGUAACAGCUCCCCUGAGUUGUUGUAAGGCUAGCAUGAAGACUGCCUGGAACAGUCUCUGGAAUGUUCUAAGUGUCCAGUAAGUACUGACUUUCAUUACUACUGGCAGAGAGGAUUAUCUUACACCUCCCAUCAGCAGCAUGCCAGGGAAGGCUGAGUUCUUAGGCUCCAUCCCAGCUCGCUUUCUAGGAAGUACCCACAAUUCUCCUCAUCUUGUCUUCCGAGGCAGGUCCAUUCCUAAUGCCUUUAAGGAAGAAGAGGUGCAGUGCCCUGCUGGAGCUUGAGGAUUUCCAAGGACUUUGCUGAACCUUUUGUUUGUUUGUUUGUUUUUUGUUUAUUUUGUUCUUGUGCUUCCCAGGACCCCUGGCUGCCUACAGUACCUCCUGCUGGGGAGAAUGCUUUUGGGUUCCUGACUGCCCAGUGUCAGGAACCCGGAUUCCCCUGGCUUGUUGCCCCUUUACCUUGCUGUUUCCCAGAAGGUGCACAUGGCAUUCAGAGAUGUGGCUGUGGAUUUCUCCCAGGAGGAGUGGAGCCUGCUGAGCCCUGCUCAGAGGUCCCUGUACAAAGAGGUGAUGUUGGAGAACUACAGCAACCUGGUCUCUCUGGGAAUUCCAUUUUCAAAACCAAAACUCAUCACCCAGCUAGAGCAAGGGAAAGAGACAUGGCAAGAGGAGAGAACAUGUCCACAGGUAGCCUGCCAAGCACAGGCCAAGCGGGAACUCUGCCCUGGUCCUGUCUGCCCUCCAGAUCUCACCAAUCAGAAACUCCCUGUGCAGCAUGUGCUGAGUGAUCGCGCCCCGUGGAUCUUCACACGCCUAUGUGCAACAAGUCACGUUGACCCAGGGGACUUCUGUCAUGGGGCCCAGGAGAAGCAGCAGGGAGUCUCUGAUAAGAGCUCCUGCAGAGAGAAAUCAGAAGGUGGAGAGAGAGAGGGUGUCAGGCCUCUAUCUAGGACAAAGAAAAGGAGUUUGGGAGCCCUCUGCAGGCCACCCCAAAGGCAGCCAGUCAGCUCUCGGAAUGGCAUCAGAUGGGUAGGGGUGGAGGCCAGUUCAGCUCAAGCUGGGAGCACUGAAGAACCCGAGAAGUUGCUGAAGCGGAUAGAAGUCUUGGGAUUUGGAACGGUCAACUGUGGAGAGUGUGGGCUGGGCUUCCGCAAGAUGACGAACCUGCUUAGUCACCAGAGGGUCCAUUCAGGAGAGAAGCCAUAUGUGUGUGGGGUGUGUGAGAAGGGCUUCAGUCUAAAGAAGAGCCUUGCCAGACACCAGAAGGCACACUCUGGGGAAAAACCCGUUGUGUGCAGGGAGUGUGGGCGAGGUUUUAACCGGAAGUCAACACUCAUCAUUCAUGAGAGGACACACUCGGGGGAGAAGCCUUACAUGUGCGGUGAGUGUGGACGAGGCUUUAGCCAGAAGUCAAACCUCAUCAUCCAUCAGAGGACACAUUCAGGGGAGAAGCCGUAUGUGUGCAGGGAGUGUGGCAAAGGCUUUAGCCAGAAAUCAGCUGUUGUGAGACACCAGAGGACACACUUGGAGGAGAAGACCGUUGUGUGCAGUGACUGCGGCCUUGGCUUCAGCGACAGGUCAAACCUCAUCUCCCACCAACGGACGCACUCAGGGGAAAAGCCUUAUGCCUGCAAGGAGUGUGGGCGGUGCUUCAGGCAGAGGACCACCCUUGUCAAUCACCAGAGGAUUCACUCAAAGGAGAAGCCUUAUGUGUGUGGUGUCUGUGGGCACAGCUUUAGCCAGAAUUCCACUCUCAUUUCUCACAGGAGGACGCACACUGGGGAGAAGCCAUACGUAUGUGGGGUGUGUGGACGGGGCUUUAGUUUGAAGUCGCACCUCAACAGACACCAGAACAUCCACUCAGGGGAGAAGCCUAUUGUGUGCAAGGAUUGUGGUCGAGGCUUCAGCCAGCAGUCAAAUCUCAUCAGGCACCAGAGGACGCACUCUGGGGAGAAGCCCGUGGUGUGUGAGGAAUGUGGACGAGGCUUCAGCCAGAAGUCCAACCUCGCUGCACACCAGAGGAUGCACUCAGGAGAAAAGCCGUACGUGUGCCGAGACUGUGGGCGAGGCUUCAGUCACCAGGCUGGGCUCAUCCGACACAAGAGGAAGCAUUCAAGGGAGAAGCCGUACGUGUGCAGGCAGUGCGGACUGGGUUUUACCAACAAGUCAGCUCUCAUCACACAUAAGCGGGCACACUUCGAAGAGCAGCUUUGUGUGCGCAGAGAGUGUGGUCAAAGCCUUGUCCAGAAGUCACACCUCACCUUCCAUCAGAUGGCACACAAGAGGGAGGAGACUUACACAUGCAGGACCUGUGGGCAAGGCUUUAGGCAAAGGUCUCACCUUAGCAGACACAGGAAGAUGAAAUGUGCCCACCACAAACUGCCCCUGCAGCCUGACUCUGAAGCCUAUUUGGGGCAGUUGUCUGACCCCUUCUGUUCCCUUUGAAAAUGAAGGUUUUCAAAGAAAGGCUUCAUUGUCCAAACUCUUACACUUCCAUGAAGUAGGAAAAUGGACUUCCUAAGACCUAUGGACAGUAACUCAGCCUACUUCCUUUCCAGUCUCAUGUUGUGUGGCCUUUUGUCUAGUAAACUUGGCUUCUUCACAAA